AUGAAAGCGGUAUCAUCAUCAUCAUCUCAGCUAUCAUUGUCAUCAACCGUUUUAUCAUCCUCGUUUUUAUCAUCCUCCAUAACAGCAACUGCUGUACCAUCUAUGAAGUACAAGCGGAAAACAGUAUCAAUUUAUUGCACUGUUUAUUUUAUUCUGAAUUGCCUCCGGAAACAUUCCGAAUUUAUUGUUCCUGCUGAUAGUAACAACCUGAAAUCUUCAUUGUGGCAAUGCGGUUGUGAAUAUUUAAAUUUGUUGAAAUUGUUAUUUUUAUUAAUGAUAUUAUUAGUGGAAGGAUCAAAUGCUAUAUUACUUUCUGGAGCUCCCGGUUCAUAUGCAAGGUAUUCCAAAUGGAUGCAUACAUUUGAAAAUCAAUUAUCAUUGGAUUUCCGAACGAAACAAAGCAAUGCAUUGUUAUUGUACACUGAUGAUGGUGGAGUUCAGGGAAAUUUUUAUUCUCUUACAAUUGUUAACAAGAAAUUACAAUUAGAUUUCAGAUUAGGAGAUGAAACAAAUUACUUAUCAUCAGAAAGACCAAUUAUCACGAUGAGAAUGAAUGAUGUGGAAGUGAGCGAUUAUCGAUGGCAUCGAUUGAUUUUAUUUCAGGCUUGGGAAAAUGUGAAAUUACAACUGGAUGAUGCGGUCCUUUUCAAAAUUCUCAAUCAACAUAGUUUUGUAUUUGGUAAUCUGAAAACAAACUCUGAUAUGUUUAUUGGCGGUGUUCCAAAGGAUACCUAUUUGCUUGGCGCAAUGAGUUCACCGUUAAAGCGGCAUACAAUCUCAUUUGCUGGCGGAGUUAAAAAUUUACUGUAUAGACUUUAUCCACAAGGUAUCACAUCACCACAACUAAUUGAAAGUAUUGGUAUAAGACAAUCGGAUGAUGAUUAUUGUAAACCAAUAAAUAUCCUUAAUACAAAUGAUUAUUUCUGUCAAAAUGGCGGUAUUUGUUAUAGUACAGAUGAAGGGCCGAAAUGUGAUUGUUCAUUUACAGAUUUUGGUGGAGAACGUUGUGAACAAGGUCGGUCUGAUUCCGAUUUAUCAUUUAAUGGUGAAGAAUGGAUCGGUUAUGAUGUUAGCAAUAAUUCUGCCGGAAUGAUACGUUUUCGAUCGGAAAAUAUUACAUUAUCUUUCAAAACGACACAUGCUCGAGCUCUAUUAUAUGUUGGUGGUGAUCGUCUGAAUUACAUUCACAUUAUCCUGGACGAUGGUGCAGUUGUCGCAACAUCAAAAUUUGAUGGUACGGAAAAACGGUUAAUACGGAUUUCUAGCAAUUAUCCAUCCAGUCGAUAUGAUGAUGAUCGAUGGCAUACAGUUACUGUUUUCAGGACGCUAACAUUGAUGAUUUUGAGCGUCGAUAGUGUAAAAGAUGAAAUUCGUCAAUAUGCGCCAGAAAUUGAUUGGCUUAUUAAUUCAUUUGCUUAUUUGGGUGGUGUACCAAAGAAUAAAAAUAUUCCUGGAAUUGAAGUGGACAAUUUUCGAGGUUGUUUGAAAAAGAUUAAGUAUGAAGCUGAUGCACAUUUGAUUAAUUUUAUAACAUUAGCUGAUCAAGGAUACGGACAAUCGAUUAUAAGAUCAAUGGGCGAUUUAACAUUUUCAUGCAGUAAACCUGGAACAUAUGCAGAUGUAUUUUCGUUCAACACUGGCCAACAUUUCAUUACAUUACCCAAAUGGAAUUCUGUAGCCAGCGGCAGUUUGAGUUUUCAACUACGAACACGAGAACUUGAUGGCCUUAUACUCUAUCAUGGAUCAUUACCGACUGCAAAAACAGGACAUGAUUAUUUUGCUUUUGAAUUAAUUGACGGUCAUCUGUUUAUGAUCAUUAAUUUAGGAUCAGGACAUAUUAGAUUGCAGACAACGGCAGAAAAAAUAACAGAUGGAGCAAUAUGGCAUAGUGUGACACUUGAACGGUUGGGACGAACCGGUACAGUGAUUGUUGAUAAUAUUAAAACUGAUUUUUCAACGCCCGGUGUGUCUGCUAAUUUAAUCAUCGAGGAACCAAUCUAUUUGGGUGCUGUACCAUGGCCAAGUAAUGAAUCGGAUACGGUUGAUUUUUAUUUACCUUAUCCAGUUUGGACAGCAAAUCUACGAAAGGGCUAUAUUGGUUGCUUGAAAGGUGUACGCAUCAACGGUAUCAGUCCAAACAUUGCAAGCUUUUUUGAGGAGCAACAAAAGGAUAUUAAACAAGGAAUUAGUUAUGGAUGUUCAAAUAACAUAAAUCGGGAUUUUUGCGCCUUAUCACCGUGUGAAAAUUUUGGACGAUGUGAGAACGGUUAUAACACUUUUCGAUGUGAUUGCUCAGUAUCAGCUAUGGAAGGAUUACUUUGUGAUAAAGAACCUGAAUUCGUGGAUUUUUCAACGGAUAAUGUACCAUCGCUUCUACUCCCAAAAUCCAUUGAGAGUGAAGCGGAAACAAUUGAAUGCAAAUUUCGAAGCGUUAAUGAAAGAAGUGUUCUGCUGGAUACGAAAUCAGUAAAGUCACCUGAUCAUCGCAUUUUACUUUUAUUGAUCAAGGGAGAACUUAAUUUGCAUCUCAAUUUCGGGAAUUCUCAUCAUGCAUUCAAUUGGGGUAGUAAUUUAAAUGAUAAUCGAAUUCAUUCAAUGCGUAUUAAACGACGUGGCGAGAAACUUUUGUUAUUUAUAGAUGGCAAAUGGGAACAUAGCUAUUUUCUACCUUCUUCUAAGGUAGUAUUGGAUAUUGAUGAAAUAGCUGCUGGACAUUUGCUGCAUUCAAUCACAUCAUUACAUUUUACUAUUCCCACAAACAAUACAUUGAUUGAGAAAUUUCGAGGACAAAUGAUAAAAAUGCUUUUCAAUGAUUAUGAUGUUCUGAAGAAUGCAAAGCGAAGAAAUCCUACUGAUAGCUUAUCAGUAAAAGCGAAUAAAUUACAUGAACGAUACAAUACACGGAAUAGGUAUUUAAAUGAAUAUUUGUUAAUUAGUAUUUGUUGUUUGUGA